AUGGCAAUAAAUACAGGUGAUAUAUUGAAUUUUUUAUCAACAAUCGGACGUGGAAUUGUUGGGAGAAAGCGAUGUUUAUGGAUUAGUUUAGGUGUUAUCUUAGUUAUCGCAGUCAUUACUAUUCCAACAGCAAUCGUUUUGACAAGAAAAACAAAAACGAUAAUAAUCAUGGAAACAACGAGAGAAUCACCUAUUAUUGCAGUCAUUACUAUUCCAACAACGAUCGGUUUGACAGUAAAAACAGAAGCAACGACAGAAUUGUCUACUAUUACAGCCAUUACUAUUCCAACAACGACCGAUUCGACAGAAAAAACAGAAACUACGACAGCAUUGCCUGAGCAAUGCACAGGAAAGUAUUCCAUAAUAACAAAUGAUCCACGUAAUCCGGAACAUGGUUAUAUGGUAUCAGGUGAUAUCAACGGCGACAAUCUAUUAGAUAUUGUUAUAUCAGAUUCUUCGAGUAGAAUAGUCAAUAUCUUAUAUAAUAAUGGUAAUGCUACGUUUAGUGUUGUAUCCAUGCAGUAUGAUAAUACGUUCUCACCAAUCAGAUUAACAACGGCUGAUGUUAACAAUGACAAAAUGAUCGACAUUAUUAUCUUAGAUAAAGAUAUGCCACAAAUUCGAGUUCUACUUAAUACUGGCCAUAGUACCUUCGACGAAAAAAUUGUUCUCUUUAAUGGCAUUGAUUCGAUCUUUAUUACAACAGCAGAUCUUGAUAAAGAUAAUAAUUCUGAUAUUAUUGUUGUGUCUCUAGGUUCAUCAGAUAUCAGUAUUCUCUUCAACACCAAUGAUGGCGGAUUUACUAAACAGAUAAGCUACGUCAUUCCUGGUCGUUCGUACAUUGUGAUCACAGCAGAUCUGAACAACGAUGGCAGCCACGACAUUAUUGCUACAUGUUACGAGGAGCACAAAAUAGCCGUUCUAUAUAACAGUGGCAAUGGAGCAUUCGAACCUUACAAGAUCCUAUCUGUUGAUGCAGGACCUUUCGGUAUAAUGGCUGCCGAUAUCAAUCGUGAUAAUAAUGUCGAUCUUAUUGUCUUAUAUCCUGAGAUAAACGAAGUUCAUAUUAUCUUGAAUAAUGGUGGUGGUAUAUUUUCUCGUCAAUUCAUCUUUGCCACUGGAGUUAAUCCAGGAUUUCUGGCAAUUGCAGAUAUCAAUAAAGACGACAAACUCGACAUUAUUGUGACAAAUAUGGAAUCUGCUAAUGUAGGUAUUUUCUAUAAUAUCGAAAAUGGUAUUUUUGCUAAGCAAAAACUCUAUUCAACAGACAUCUAUCCGUCUACAAUUGCGAUCGUUGAUGUCAAUACUGAUGGUCAACUUGAUAUUAUUGUAGUGCAUGAUGCAAGUAUUGGAAUUUUGUACAUUGAUUGUCACUAA